AAAUUAAGCUUCUGGAUGAGUCUGACUGACAAAUCUCAAUCUGCGUUCACCACUUGGCGGAGUUACAGCGAAUCCGGAACCACGUGGCCAGCUGCAGCGGCGACUCCUAGGUGCAAAUUUUAUCGUGUUCGUCACCAUGUGCUACAAAGGGGUCCAACAUUCCUCCUCGUUCCCACCAUUCGCUAUUCUGACUGCAAGCAUCACAACAAACCCGUGUUGUCGUCAUUGCACUUGUUGCAGUUUCUCGUUUUGACAGCGUUCUUUUCUUUUUCCCUUUCUCGGUUCCCAAUCUUCUUCAUCAGCAUGUCGACCUAUGAUGAUACCAAGGCUGCUGCAGCUCAGAAGAGUGAGGAAACCAAGGGCGCCGCUCAAGAUUUUACCGGAGCAGCUCAGCAGAAGGCUGGCGAAGCUGGCGGAUUCGCCCAAGACAAGGGGAUCCAAGCCAAAGACGGCGUCAGCCGCAUGGUGACGCAGGCUGGGGAUGCAAUUGGCAAUGCAGCUCAGUCGGUGGCAGAUACCGUUAAUCCAAACAAGUCGGAUUGAGCCCUUGCAUCGCUGCAUCGUCCAAGUUGAUUUUGUACAGCUCAGUGCAAUUUGGGCGCCAUUCGGAAGUCAUUGAUUGUUAAUCUUGCAGCAGUUACUACACGCAUAAUCUGGCUUAGAGAAAGUAUUGUAAUUUGUAAAGACGUAAUUUACACUGAAUAGCAUUUCGAUCUUUCUCUUCCAGUGUAUGUUCACCUCUGCAAUCAACCGUUUGUUACAAGUUAAAGGAGUUGAAUACGAAAAUCACAGCAAAUAUUCGAACUGAUGUUAUGUGGAGUAGAUAGCAACAGUGACCAAAAGUAGGUUUCAUAUUGUUCUUCUCAUCAGCAUAAUGUUUCAUUCAAAACUAUGUAGGAAAAUAAGUAAAUCAGCAACCUAUUAGCAUGUUCAAACUGCACUGGAACUGCUAUGCACUGUAAAGCCACGUAUAGUG